UUGUUCCCGCGAAGCGUAUCCCCUUCAUUCCCGUCUCACCUAGAAGUUUGUUUCUCUCUCGUUCUCGCUGAUUUUACUAAAAUGGCGACGGCUUCUUUUUCAUCAUUCGGAUCAAUCCAACGGAUCCCAAAUUCAUCAAAUUUCACCAAAAUUUCUUCUUCUUGUUGUUCAUCAUCCACGUUGGGGCAACGGCAAAUUGUCUGUAGAGAACCCAGUAUAGACUUAUCCAGUUCCUCUGAUGGUAUUGAAAGCUGGGAUUGUGGACUUGUAUUCAAUCGAAGGCAAGUGUUGCUGUCGUCUGUGGGAGUUUUAACAGCUUCCAUUUGUAAUGCUGGAAGGGCAGCAGCUGAAUUUGCUGACAUGCCUGCUUUGAGAGGAAAGGACUAUGGGAAGACAAAGAUGCGAUAUCCUGACUAUACUGAAACCCAAUCAGGUCUCCAGUAUAAGGAUUUGAGAGUUGGAAGUGGCCCCACUCCAAAGAUCGGAGAUACAGUGGUGGUUGACUGGGAUGGUUACACGAUAGGUUAUUAUGGUCGCAUAUUUGAAGCUCGUAACAAGACGAAAGGUGGUUCUUUUGAGGGGGAUGAUAAGGACUUCUUCAAAUUCAGAGUAGGAUCUCAAGAGGUCAUACCGGCAUUCGAGGAAGCUAUUACUGGCAUGUCAUUUGGAGGUAUCAGAAGAAUCAUAGUUCCUCCGGAGCUGGGAUACCCCGAUUAUGACUAUAACAAGAAAGGUCCAAGACCAACAACAUUUUCGGGACAAAGAGCUUUGAGUUUUGUGCUGAGGAACCAAGGAUUGAUUGAUAAGACACUCCUGUUUGAUAUUGAACUCCUCAAAAUCAUACCAAAUUGAAGUUCCUUUUUGCUCAACUUUCGCCACGACAAGAUUAACUUCCAGUUGGAUGAAAGAAGUAUCAUCCUAAUGAAAGACUGAUCAUUUCUUAUAGAGGUUUAAGAUGAAACACAUCAAAUUGUUGAAAGAUUCAUUCUGAAAAGCACUGUAGUAACAAUGAUGGGGUCUAAGGUACUGUUGAUAUAACAACAUCCCUUGUGUUCAAAGAUUUUUGACUGUUUCUUGUGAAAGUGAUCCUUCAAGAUAUUUUUCAUCUCUGGUUUGUGAAUAAGAUUGUUGAUUACUGUGUACUUUGGAGAA